AAUCUUUCUGACAAGUUCGUCUUUCCUUUGCCGUUCAAUCUACUUCGUCUCUGUUAAAAUAUUCUUUCUCUGUUCGUUAGUUUCAUUGAAACUACUACUCUCCUUGUUAUAUUGGUUAUUUGUUCUUCUGAUCUUGAAGAAUAUAGAAGAAAUCAUAAAACCCAGACCAGAAAUUCCAAUAGCUGAAAUGGGUUUUACUGGGAAUGGGUUUUGAUUCUGCAACGGAUGGCCCCCGUUCAUUAAUUCCUUGAAAGGCUGUUUUUCGAGAUGGGUGUUGGAAAUUUCUGGGUUUUGAUAAUUAUCCUUGGCUUCUGCUUCCAAGCUCGGGUCUUGAAUUCUCAGAACGUGACCUGCAACUCUAAAGACCUCAUAGCAUUGGAGGGUUUCUUGAAGGGCUUGGAAUCAGGAAUUGCUUCGUGGGGCAGUAGUGGUUCUUCUGAUUGCUGUAAUUGGGUUGGCGUCAAUUGCUCUUCAAAUUCUACAGAUUCGGGCAAAAGGGUUGUUAGUUUGGAGCUUGGGAGAAAAAAAUUGAAAGGGAAUUUAUCCGAAUCCUUGGCUGGUUUGGAUCAGCUGAGAUUCUUGAAUCUCUCUCACAAUUCCUUCAAAGGUACUGUUCCUUCCAAUCUAUUUCAUUUGCAGAACUUGACAGUCCUUGACUUGAGCUAUAAUUAUUUCUCUGGCUUGCUUCCUCUUGAGACUGAUCUACCCUCUCUUGAGUAUCUUGACCUUUCUGAGAAUCUGUUUGAGGGUGACAUUGACACUGGUAUCUGUAUUAACUCGACCCAAAUUCAAGUUCUUAAUCUCUCCAUGAACUACUUCCUUGGAAGUUUUCCUUAUGGUUUUGGCAAUUGUACUUCGUUACAACAUCUUAUUCUCAACUCAAAUAAUCUAUCUGGGAGUUUGCCUCAGGAUUUGUUUUUGCUAGGAAAGUUGAGGACAUUGUAUCUUCAGGAUAACAUGAUUUCUGGGUCUCUGAGUGAUCAGAUUGGUAACCUGACAUACCUUAUCGAAUUGGAUAUCUCCACCAAUAACUUCUCUGGAUCAAUCCCAGAUGUUUUCGACCGCCUUAGAGAGAUAGAACGUUUUUCAGCCUAUUCAAAUCAAUUUGUCGGUGGCUUACCUAUUUCCUUGUCAAAUUCCCCAACCAUCAUUUCGCUUAAUCUGAGGAACAAUUCGUUAAGUGGUUCAUUCAAUCUUAAUUGCUCAGCCAUGGCUUCUCUCACCUCCGUGGAUAUGGGUUCUAACCAAUUCCAUGGUCCAAUCCUUGAUAUUCUCUCCUCCUGUAAAGAACUGAGAGCCAUAAAUUUCGCCCGGAACAAUAUUAACAGCCAAAUACCCGAGAGCUUCAAAAACCUCCAUGUACUAUCUUACCUGUCACUCUCAAAUACCAACCUCUACAAUCUUUCAGCUGCUCUUGUGGUGCUACAACAAUGCAGAAAUCUUACAACUCUGGUUCUUACAUCGAAUUUCCAUAAGGAAGGAAUGCCUUUAGAUGCAAACCUAGACUUUCGGAACCUGAAUACCCUCAUUAUUCCAAACUGCGCUCUCACAGGUUCGAUUCCGACAUGGUUGAGUAACUGCACCAAUUUGCAGCUUUUGGAUCUCUCGUGGAACCAGUUGGGUGGAAACAUUCCAGAUUGGUUGGGUGAGCUGAAAUUUCUCUUUUAUAUGGACUUAUCAAACAACUCUCUUACUGGAGAAAUCCCUAAAAUCUUGACUACACUGGAGAGCCUCAUCAACAGCACUAUCUCAGUCGAGCCCUCACCUGACUUUCCAUUUUUCAUCAAACGGAACCAAACUGGAAGUGCAUUGCAGUAUAAUCAGAUUGGUAGCUUCCCUCCUUCGUUGGUCCUGAGCAAUAACAUGCUCAAUGGAUCAAUUUGGCCAGAAUUUGGAAAACUGAAGGAACUCCUUGUUUUGGAUCUGAAAUCAAACUUUCUGUCUGGACACAUUCCCAGUGAGUUGUCAAUGAUGACAAAUUUGGAGACUUUGGAUUUGUCACAUAAUAAUCUGUCAGGAACCAUACCUGAUUCUUUGGUCAAUCUCAGCUUUCUUUCGAAGUUCAGUGUUGCUUAUAAUCAAUUAUGUGGCAGGAUACCAUCAGGAGGUCAGUUCCUGACCUUCCCAAGUUCAAGCUUUGAAGGGAACAAGGAUCUGUGUCAACGCUCUGGCCCUUGUUCUGCUGAUCAGAGUCCUGCAGCGAUCCCAAAAAAAGCGAGAAACAAGGGGAUUAUUGUUGGAAUGGCUGUAGGGAUUGGUUUGGGUUCAAUUUUCCUACUUGUUCUUGUGGCUUUGAUCAUGUCAAUGCCUUACUGUAGGAGAAGGGAUGACCCUGAGGAAGAAUGCAUUGAUGCCAGCAGUAAAGAGUUGGAGCAAUUGGGAUCAAGACUGCUGGUUCUGUUCCACAAGGAGAAUAAUAAAGAGCUCUCCAUUGAUGACCUGCUAAAAUCCACUAAUAACUUUGACCAAGCAAAUAUAAUUGGAUGCGGCGGUUUCGGUCUUGUCUAUAGAGCUACUCUUCCAGAUGGGAAGAAGGUUGCAAUCAAACGGCUCUCUGGUGACUGUGGUCAGAUGGAAAGGGAAUUCCAAGCUGAAGUUGAAGCCCUCUCAAGAGCUCGUCAUGAGAACCUUGUCCUCCUUCAAGGUUAUUGCAUGCAUGGAAAUGACCGGCUAUUAAUCUACUCAUACAUGGAAAAUGGAAGCCUGGACUACUGGUUGCAUGAAAAGCUUGAUGGAGCUUCCUCACUAGAUUGGAUGACUAGGCUUCGAAUAGCACAAGGUUCAGCAAGGGGAUUGGCAUACUUACACCAAUCAUGUCAGCCCCAUAUCCUGCACCGUGAUAUCAAGUCAAGUAACAUCCUGCUAGAUGAGAACUUUGAAGCUCAUUUGGCUGACUUUGGACUUGCUAGACUCAUUCUUCCUUAUGACACUCAUGUGACAACCGACCUUGUUGGAACUUUGGGCUACAUCCCUCCUGAAUAUGGUCAAGCCUCUGUGGCCACAUAUAAGGGUGAUAUAUAUAGUUUUGGAGUUGUUCUGUUGGAACUACUUACAGGAAGGAGACCGAUGGAUAUCUGCAAACCAAAAGGAUGCCGGGAUUUGAUCUCAUGGAUGCUUCAGAUGAAGAAGGAGAAGAGGGAAAGUGAAAUUUUUGAUCCACUCAUCUAUGACAAGCAAAAUUAUAAGGAAAUGUUACGAGUUCUUGAGAUAGCGUGCCUUUGCUUGGAUGCAUCCCCUAAAAUGAGGCCUUCAACCCAGCAGAUAGUUUCAUGGCUGGAUAAUGUUGAUGUCAAUGGCUGACUAAUCUAUGUUAUGGAGAAGGAUUAUAUAAAUAGCAC